AUGUCAGACCAGCCGACGGAUGCCAUUGGCAAACCUAGUGCUGCGGACACGCCUACUGUCGACAAGCCCACUGACCAACCUGCCACCGCUGACGAUUACCCCGAGGCCGCGAUGGGACAGUCUGAAGCAACCCAUGCGUCUGCUCAGCCUCCUGAUGCGGUUGGUGAGCAGUCUCAGCAGAUGGUAACCGAUGUUGAACCCGCUCAGCAUGUGGAUGCAGCUGGACAAAUUGCUGAGCAUGCCGACAAGCCUGUUGAGCAGUCUGGCUCACCCCAUGUGUCUGCUCAGCCUGCUGAUGCGGUUGAUAAGGAUUCUCGGCAGAUGGAUAUUGAUAGCGUACCCACUCAGCAUGUGGAUGCGGAGCAGAGUGUUGAGCAUAUUGAUAAGCCUACGGAGCAGUCUGACUCACCCCCUGUGCCCUCGCAGCCCUCUGAUGCAGCUGGUAACCACCCUCAGCAGAUGGAAACCGAUGGUGAACCCACUCAGCAUGUGGAUGCCGAUCAGAUUGCUGGGCAUGCCGACAAGCCUAUUGAGCUGUCUGACGCACAGGACAAACUAGCAGGUCCUGGCGAGGCUGUUGACACGCUUUCCGAGCAGCCAGUAGCGGCUGAGCCUGCUGAGAAGCCGUUAGCAGCUGAGCAUACCACAGCGCCUGCUACCACAGCACCGGAAACCACAGCACCAGUCACUGCAGCGCCGGUCACCACAGCGCCUGUUACCGCCACUCCUGUUGCAACCCCAGCGAGCAUGCGGCGAAGGAGCGCGAGGAGGCGAACAGUGGCAGAAGCAGUUGGUGGAUUGGCAGCAACAGGGGGAGCGACAGCAGCAGAGGGGGCGACAGCAGUAGGGGGAGCGGCGGCAGCAGGGGGGCCGACAGUAGUAGGGGGAGCGGCGGCAGCAGGGGGGGCGCAAGGGGACAGAGUGGUAGGUGCAGUCGAGGGGUUGCUGCCAGGAUCGCUGCUCACUCCUGGUCGGCGGAGAAUGACUCUGGAGGUGCCUCAAAAGUCGCAAGGGGGUGGAGUGGCGGGUGCGGUAGAGGGGUUGCUGCCAGGAGCGCUGCUUACUCCUGGUGGGAGGAGAAUGACUCGUUCCAUGUGGAGGUCUCUUGGACUGAUGCCGGAAGGGGGGAGCGAGAGUGACAGGAGCAGCAUGAGCGCUAGUGCUAGUGCUAGUGCAAGUGCAAGUGCGAGUGCGAGUGUGAGAUUGUCUGGGGUGCGGAGAGGAGGGGUGAGGAGAGGGAGAGGGGUGAGGCGGGGCGCUGGGAAGGGGGAUGGCGGGAGCGAGAGCGGGAUGAGCGCGGAAGGGGAGGGGGAAACGGAGGUGGAGAGUAAGGCGAAAGGGGCGAAAGGGGCAGGGGGAGGAGCGGGGGGAGCGGGGGGAGCGGGGGUUGAGGAGGGUGAAGGGGAAGGGAAGGGUUUGGUGCUGGAGAGGAUUAGUGAGUGGGAGGAGAGGAUUAUGGAGGUGGAGGAGGAGCAGGAGGAGGAGGAGGUGCGUAGGGCGAAAGAGAGGGCCAAGGCGAAAGCUGAGGAGGAGAAAGCAAAGGCGAAGGGGAAGGAGAAAGGGAAGGAGAAGGCUCGAAGCCCGAGGGGUGGGCGGAAGGGAGGUGGCAGGGGUAAGCAGGGGAGGGCGAGUGAGGAGGAGGGGAGUGUGGCGGGAGGUGGAGGGGAGGAGGAAAAGGGAGGAGACGAGGAUGGAGGAGGCGAAGGGGAGACGAGUAAGCGGAAGGGGAGUGAGGAGGGGAAGGACGAGGGAGGGGUGGAGGAGACGGGGGAGGGCAUGGGAGGAGAGAGGGAGGGGGGACGGCGUGAGGAGGGGCAGAUGAAUGUCUAUGUGAGGAGGAGAAAGAGGGCAGGAGGCGUGGGGGAGGGGCAGGCGACGCCGUCAGGGAGCAACGUGGAUGCUGCCAUGUGCUAUGAGACUAGCAACAGUGUUAUGCCACAUACGGGUUCAGGGGGUAAAGUGAAGGACGCGGAUGCAGCACAAGUGAACAGGGAGGGUGGGGAGGGAGGGGUGGGAGCAGAGGCAGGCAUGGAGGCAGAGAGAGAGGAGGAGGAGGUUCCUGGGCAAGGGGGGAACGUGGCCUCUGGGGAGGUGAAGAGGGAGAGGAGGGAGAAGGAGGCGAGGGAGACAGAGGAGAGGGAGAAGGAGGCGAGGGAGAAAGAGCCGAGGGAGAAAGAAGAAGCGAUGAGGGAGGAGCUGGAGUGGAAGAGGCGGGAGAAGGAAGCACGAGAAAAAGAAGCGAGGGAAAAAGAAGAGGCGAUGAAGGAGGAGCUAGAGAGGGAGAGGCGGGAGAAGGAGGCAGCAAUGCGAGAGCUGCAGCGAAUGAGGGCGGAGAUGAAGUGGCAGAUGGAGCUGAUGCAGCAGCAGGUGGUGCGAGCCAGAAGGUAUUCGAGCUACAAGAACUCCGUGCGCGCUGCCAUGGCCAUGGCUGCCAACCUGCGCCAAACAGCUAGAUCCAAGGUUGCGCGAGCUAAAGCUCUGGCGGAAGCUCGAAGCAGAACCCGGGCAGGUAAACUUCCUGCAGCUGGGGAACCUGGGGGUUCGGGCAGGAAGAAACGAACACCCGGUAAGCAGAGGAAAGGAAUGGAAGCGCCUCAAGUGCCUAAGCAGGGAAGGGUUGGAGAGGAGAGGCAAGGCUGGGAUAUAGUGAUGGAUGAGGGAGAAGAAGAGAAGGGCACGAGGGCGUAUUCCCUUCUUCCUUCACUUCCCCCUAUCUGUGCGCCACAGGUAUUCGAGCCUAAGCAGGGAGCGGUUGGAGAGGAGAGGCAAGGCUGGGAUAUAGUGAUGGAUGAGGGAGAAGAGAAGGGCAAGAGGACGGAUGUGGAAAGGGGAAAAGGAGUGGAAGCGUCACAAAUGCGCAAUCAGGGAGGGGCGGAAGAGGAGAGGCAAGGCUGGGAUAUGGUGAUGGAUGAGGGAGAAGAGAAGGGCAAGAGGGCGGAUGUGGAAAGGGGAAAGAAGAUUCAGGCGGAAGGGAGGAAGCAGAAGGAAGAUUAUUCUGAGGAGGAGGAGGAAGAGGAAGCAGAGGGGCAGUGGGAAGAAGAGCCGGAGUGGGAGGAUGGGGGAGGGGAUGAGGAACGUGAGGAGGGAGAGGAGGAGGGACGCGAGGAAGGAGAGGAGGAGGGACCAGAGGAGGGAGAGGAGAGUGAGGAAGGAAUUCCUUUGACGCGCAGUGUGCAGCGGGAGGCAUCGUUCAAAUCGUGGGUGAAAGCCGACUCAAAGUCGUCAGGGGGUACUGCUGCUUACAGUGGAGGGGGGUUGAAAGGAAAUGCGCAGGGGAUUGGGUGUGCAGGACGGGGGGGUGAAGUGGAGGGGGAGGUGGAUCUGAGGCAGGUGAAUCUGGCUGGUGCUCUAGACCGGGCGUGGGAGCAGGAUGAGGGGGAGGAGGAGGAGGUGGAGGAGAAGGCAAGGGGGAAGAGGAGGAAGAAGAGAGGGCGUGGGGGGAAUGGAGCAGAGGAGGGAGAGAGAGGGGGGGGUGAGUGGGUAGCGGAGCAAGGAGGAGAGGAAGGGGGACGGGAAGAAGCAAGGGAAGAUGGAGGAGAGGAGAGGGGAGAGGAGAGGGGAGAGAGCGAUAGUGGGAGUAGUUCUGAGGGAGGUGGGAGUGCGGCGAGCACGCGGGGAUCGUCGGAUUCACCAGGAUCGGACGGUGGAGAGGGGUUUAGCUUUGAUGACGUGGUGACAAGAGCUGGGAUUCUAGAGGAUGGUGGGGUGAAGCAUUUGGGUAAGGGGGCAUGGGUGGAGGGAGAGAGUGGUGAGGCGAGAAUGCAUGAGAGAGAUGGUGGUGGUAGGGUGAAUGAGGGCUUAGGGGUGAAUAAGGGUCUAGAGGUGGGAAUCAAGGGGGCUGCUGGUGGUGGGUUGGGAGAAGGAGGGGAGGGGAGGGGUGCGGAGGUGGAGGGGGUUGAUGAGAGAGAGGAGGGGGAGGUGGAUGAAGGGGAAGAGGGAGAAGAAGGAGAGGAGGCAGGUGAGUGGGAGGGAAGGAGGGGAGAUGUGGGAGAGGAGGGAGAGGAAGGUGAGGCUGGUGUGGGUGGAGAGGAGGUAGGUGUGGGAGAGAGGGGAAGAGAGGGGGAGAAAGCGAGCCGUAAGAGGGAGAAAGCGAGCCGUAAGAGGGAGAAAGGGGCCGGUGUGGAGGGAAAGGCGCCUGAUGCUAGGAAGGGGGAAGUUAUGACUGGGAUGAAGCGGAAAGGGGGAGGAGAGGUGGAGGAGUUGAAGGUGAAAGGGAGGAAGAGGAAGGCGAGGGAAAAGGGGGAUGCUGGUUUGGUGUAG